AUGGGAGUGGCGCCCUGUGAGCCUGCCACGUUCAUCGGUGUAGCUGGGUGGGGCUCGGCCAUGGAGAGGAGCAGGCCGACAAAGCGUUUCAGCACCCGUCUGCUAUUUCUACUUGUGUUGGCGAUGCUCGCACCGGCCACUUUGAAGCUGCACCUCGCCUCGGGGCGCAAAGAAGAGGAUACAAGGUCCAUCUCUGAAGUAGACGAAGAGGAGAUCAGCAUUGGCCAGAUGCUUUGCAAUGCUGCACGUGAAACCGCCAAUCGUUCUGGUGGAGUUGGCUCUAUGAGCUGUGCUGCGAUCAUGGGAGGGGCUUGCGGCUCGCUCUUGCUAAUCCCUGGAGCUCCUCGAGUGGAGGUGUCGGGCAUUGAUCUUGUCAGCUGGAAAGCUCCAAUUGCUGGAGCUGCGUGCGGGCUGUACAUUGUGCAGCUGCCUGAAGGCGGGUGUGCACCAGACCAGCAUGUGUCGGAACUUUGCGUGAGCAACAGCCAGGUGACGUCCUUGGAGAGAGGUGCUGUGUAUCGACUGCUCAAUCAAGGUGUUUCGAAGCUGGAGUUACAGAUUCAAAGGGAGCUGCUGGGAGCAGCUUUCGGCAACUCGGACUCCACCAGCCGUUCCAACCGUCCAGAUCCCGGUGCCACGGCACGGAUUCUUAAAACUGUGCACGAGUGGAAAGACCAAUUGGGGGCCGUGAAUGCCUCAACUGCCCUACAUCUCUUGGCGCAAUCAAGUCCAUCAAGUCCUGGAGCUGCGCCAUCCAGGAUAUCCAGCCAAUCCAGCCUGCACAGGGAGUGUGCAGAGCUUGUCUUGUGCACUGUCGGUGGCCAUGCGCAGCCUCGAGAUCUCGCAAUUGCAAGCUGGGCGGCGGCCAGACUUCAGCUCGAAAGCGCGCCAGAAGAAAGCAAAGAAAGCACGGCGGAGUCAUUGCAAGCCUUGAAAAAUGCCAUUGCAGCUUGUGUUCCACGCCUGGAUGGGCAAGACAUGGCGAACGUUGGCUGGGCUUUUGCCACCAUGCAGCUGCAAGAAGCCGCGGAGCUCCUGGAGGUUCUGGCACAGGAGGCAAGCACCAAGGUACAGAAUUUCGAGCCGAAGCACAUGGUGGUGCUCACCUGGGCCCUCGCAAAGGCCAAAGUUUGCUCUGAGGAUUUCUGCUGGGCUGCAGCAAAUCAAGCACAGAAGUCUAAGGCUAGCAAGUGGAUGCCGCAAGACAUAUCGAACUUCCUUUGGGCCUAUGCGGUUCUGCGAUGUGAAGCUCCAGUGCCGAUGGAGAUCCUGGCCGCGAGAGCAGCCGAGCUUCACUGGAAGCAGUUUCGGCCACAGGAGCUCUCCAUCUCGAUGUGGGCUGCCUAUAGCCUGGGAGUUCAUGGCAGAGGGCCCAGCGUUCGUGCAGUGAAGCGCAUGCUGCAGCAUGCAGCGAGGGAAAUUCGCAAUGGUGGGGCACAGGACUUCGAGCCACGCCACAUCAUGAAUGCCGCCUGGUCGCUUGCGCGGUGGCAAAGGCACUGCCGCCUUCUGGGUUGGCCACAGGAGCUGAAGCCCUAUGUGUGUCGACCGGCCUUGCGUGUUCUGCUGGGCGCUGCAGCCACGGACCUCAACAGAUUUGCAGCACGAGAGCUUAGCCGCCUCAUGUGGGCGGGUGCAAGUCAGUCAUGCUUGAGACUCCGGGAGCUGGGGCCGCCUCUUCUCCAAUAUGUCAGGAACUCCAAGCAGCUGGUGAAGUUCGACGCUGACGACUUGGUAAGCCUGGUGAAUUCCCUGGCAUGGAUGCUUGAGCGGCUCGUGUGGGAAGCUCCUGGACGCCGGACAAAAUCAAGGCUGCCACAGCCAUGGCCGAGUCUGCCUCGGGUGCCCGUUGGCGACGCGCGGCAGUUGCAAAGAGUGCGCCCGCCAGCCCCGUGCCUUCGUGCAGCGGAAGCAAAAACCAGGGCUUAA